AUGCUGGAAUGUGGUGGUAAAGACAAGGAUAAAGAUGUGAGUGAUUCUUCUGGAAAAGAAGAGGAAACAGGUACUACAGGCCAGAGAGGAAAUGGCCGGAGAGUCCGUGGACAGAGCCAUCAAACUCGCACUGGAUCAAGCCAUCGUUCUACAAUCCAAAAUCAAACAGUGAAUCCUAAUGAUCGUCGCAUGGUAAUGCUUAGUUACAAACAUCAAAUGCAUCAAAUAAAAAAGUUACGAAAUGAUUGGGGAAAACUGUGUAAAGCUCAACAUAAAAUUCACAAAAAUCAAAAAUAUAUUAAGAAGAAAAUGUUAAAGCUUAAUAAUUUAACAAAUCAGUGCAAACAUGAUAGUGAAAAUAUGUUAAAAUCAAGCGAACAGACCUGGAAGAAUUUGAAAGAAAUUUUUGAGCGUAAGGAAAUUUUUUAA